CCGGCGCCGGAGCGGCCCGAGCGGCCGGAGCGGCCGGGGGCGCCAUGCCGCGCUAUUACGAGGACAAGCCCGAGGGCGGCGCGUGCGCGGGCGUGCGGGAGGACCUGGGCGCCUGCCUGCUGCGGUCGGACUGCGUGCUCCAGGAUGGAAAAUCCCCUCGGCAGUGUCUGAAGGAAGGCUACUGCAGAGCUUUACAGUAUUCAUUUUUUGAGUGUAAAAGGUCAAUGUUGGAUGCCAGAUCAAGAUUCAGAGGAAGAAAAGGAUAUUGAUACCAUCAUGCUAAAAGCAAGAAGAAAUGAAGCAAAGGUUUUUUUUGGUCAUUAACACAGAAGAGCCAAAAUAGGAAACAAGACCUGUGCUACAUCGCUUGGUGGGACCAGUCUUUCCAAACAGUGGAAAAAAUGGAUGAGCUCUUGUUUUUGAAUGUUUCAAGUAAAUGCUUCUCAUGGUUGAAGUUAGUUUUAGAAGAUAAAUUUAAUUGAACAGUUAUGGACUAGAAAUAAUGAGUUGUCCCAAAGAAUGGAAAGAUGGUUAUUUUCAAACCUAAUUCUUCAAAUUAAUUGAAAUCUAGAAGGCCCCUGAUGUGAUUGACACCGUCAGUAUCUCAGAGCUUUAUCUACAUGGUCUUUUGGGAGAAGUUUGGGAUAAAAGUUUUUCUUUUAUUUA